GAGAAAAUGGUAGAAAUAGUUGGAAGGGAAGAUAAAAUGGAACAUAGAACGACAUUAAUGUUUGAAUUCCCUUGUUUGUCAUAUCUAUAUCUUGAAAACAUGCCACUGUUGAGUUGCUUUUACCCUGGAAAGCAUCAUCUAGAAUGUCCCUUGUUAGAUGAGUUAUAUGUGGAAUGUUGUCCUAAGCUGAAGGUAUUCAGAUCAAGCUUUGAUGAUGAUAGUAAAAAAGAAGUUUUAGAGGCUCCAACUAACUUACAACAACCUUUGUUCACAAUUGAAAAGGUUUCUCCUAAAUUGAAGGGACUUACACUCAAUGAGGAAAACAUUAAGCUAAUGAGUGAUGCACGUUUGCCACAAGACCUUCUUUGUAAUUUAAAAUAUCUUGUACUAUUCUUUGAGGAUGAUAACAAUGGGAAAGAUAGUUUGCCUUUUGAUUUCUUUCACAAGCUACCCAAUUUAGAAUGGCUUACAGUAGAAAAAUGCUUUGGUCUGAAGGAGAUAUUUCCCUCUAAAAAGCUUCAAGUUCAAGACAAAGUACUUGCUGGAUUGAAACAAUUAUAUUUGUUGGAAUUAAAGGAGUUGGAGUGUAUAGGUUUAGAGCACACGUGGGUACAACCAUACACUGAAAAACUUGAACUGUUAAAGCUUUACAAGUGCCCUCUGGUAGAAAGAAUAGUUUCUUGUGCAGUAUCAUUCAUCAAUCUUAAAGAUUUAUAUGUGAUAGACUGCGAAAGGAUGGAGUAUUUAUUCACUUUUACAACACUCAAAAGUUUGGUGAAACUUGAGACUCUAAGCAUAGGAUAUUGUGGAUCAAUCAAAGAAAUUACAAGAAAUGAAGAGGAAGAUGAUUGUGAUCAGAUAAUAUUUGGACGACUCAGAUGGAUUAAGCUGGAAUGCUUACCGAGGCUAAGGAGGUUUUAUUCAGGAAAUGCCACAUUGCAAUGCCCAUGUUUACAAAAGAUGAUGAUUACUGAAUGUUCUAAUAUGAUAACUUUCUCUGAAGGAGUCAUAAAACUAGCAAUGUUUUCAGGGAUUCAAACAUCCGAAGAUUCUGAUUUCACUUUCCACAUCGAUCUCAACACAACUGUCCAAAGCUUAUUUCAAUGAAAGCUGAAUGCCCCAAUAAGAAGGAGUCAUUAAAGCGUCAAUCUUUUUGAAGAUUCAAACAUCAAAAGAUUCUGAAUCAACUUUUGACGGCGAUCUUAACACAACGAUCCAAAAGUUGUUUCACAAUCAGGUAAUCCAUGAGUCAUGAUGACUGUAAUGAGCGUUUUUUUUAUCAUGAUGACAGUAAUGAGUUAGGAAGGAAAACAGAGGUUUGAAGGUUAGCUGUGAUUUCCGCAUUGCAAUAUCGGAGGCGGAGGGAACGAUGAUGAUAACUAGUGUAUACAAGUAUAUAUCAUGAACAAAAGUUUAUUCUGAAUCUCUUUUUUGUUGUUUUGAAAUGCUUCAAAUACAAAUAAUGUGGACCUACA